AAGUGUCAGUUUUACUUUAUCCGGGAAGAGAGGCGGUAAAACGUAACGCAAUUUAGCAACUGUUUGUCGAUUGUAGGUUAUGCUUCUGUUAUUCACUGUUCUGUUAUACCCUUUAUAAGAUUACCUUUCAACCUAAAACCUAAUUAACGACCACCAGCGCGCCAGUUGACUUGCCAGCUAGCUAGCUAGCUUGGUGACAUCAUAACUAACGUUAUAAAAGACUGAAUCAUACUUUAACUUGUUGCUAAUGUUAUUCGCCACCAAACUGCAGGUAAAUCCAAUGGAAGACUACGAUACGUUUAUGCUGAAAAGGUUUUCUCUGCUGAGGAAAAAAGAGGAGGAACACAAAGCUCCUGCUUCUUCUGCCAUUUGCUUCUAUGGACGUCCCAUCCUGCCUCCUGUGCUCACAGAGAAACGAAGACGGCAAAUGCAACAACACAGAAAAGCAGCGCAUGAAAAUGCUGUCAGUCAGAAGUUGAAGGACAAUCAGAAAAUGGCUUACGUGCAAACAAUUCUACAUAAUGUUCAGCUAAGGAAUUCACCGACAUUGGCGGACUUGCUUCAAGAACUGAAGGUCGAUGCCGAAUCUUUGUGUAACUCCAGUGAGUGCAGUGCUGAUACCGUACAGGAAACGACUCGACCACGAACACGUGGUGGCGCCCUCGUCUCUUCUCGUGUGACACCUCAACAAAGUAACCAAGAAAGAUGCCCUGUUGAGCAACGGGAAAAGCAACAAGUCUCUCAACCAUGUUCUUUUGAGAGUGUGAAUCACUGGUCUGCAUCCUCAGGCUAUGCGACUCAUGAGAAUAUGAAGAAUGCCACUGUCUCAGAAAGUCUGGACUUGAUGAGUGUCUGCUUAGUGGGAGGCAAUUACACAAAUGACUUUUUCCUUCACAACACCUCCAACACUAUUGCCAGGAUGCCUGAUAUUAUUAGUUACCCUCCCAUCGAUGGAGAAGAAUUGGAGAGAAGUGGACUGGAGUCAUCCUUUGGUCGUGAUUUUAUAGGAAGGACUGACAGUAGUUGUAGCAUAAUUCCACAGGAUUCCGUCACAAGUGAUCAUUUUCCAGGAGAGAAAAGUGCAAACGGUCGAGUGGACAGUGCUAAGAGUCCGGGUAAGUUCCCCGAACCAUCCUCACUUCACAAGGACGAAGGUCAAAGGUCUGAGAAAGUGAUAGUUGCCUGGAAAAGCUGCAGCUCUUCAGACAUUCCCAAAUCCGCUCAGUCGCCAUGCAUUGAUUGUUGUCCAAGCACUGAACAGCUUAUUGAGCAUGACCCGGGAAAAACGGCACCAGCGGACAAGCAGAUACCCCAAGCACAGUCGCAGCCACCUCACCGCCCCAGCCUUCAGGACUUGCUGAAGAAAUCUCAGGAGUACCGCCGCCAACAGAGGAUGCUCAGGAACCAAGCCAGAAAUGCUCGAAUCCAAGAGCGAGCACACGAACAGCCCAGAGUGGAAGAGCAGAGCCUGUCUGAUAAGGAGAAUGAUGGGUUUCGCUAUAAAAGUGCAGAGGGGAGGAGGCCUAAAGAGCGAAGAUGCUUAUUUAACAAAAUAGUUAAUGCUACCUGCAAAAAGCCCAGUGAAAAGUUAUUUCAGGAGGAGUUGAUUGGCAAAAAGGCAAACUCCUAUUUGGAAAGAGUCCCUGAGCAGAUCCUGUUCCCUCAGCAACGGCCUUUAUCCAUUGAAAGAUGCCAAACCCAAGAUUAUCAGACAACCAACGUUCCCAUUACUGUUGAAGCAAAAGGAAAUCAUCACUCCAUCCCGGUGCCCAAUUUCUCCAAGAGUCCUAUUUCCAGUCAAGUGUCAAGUCCAGAUGAAACGGGCAAGUUCAGGGGGAAAGCUCUGGUUUCUUCAAGCUUUAGCGAAAGCCACAAAGCUGAAGAAGAAGGGAGCCUGGGACAGCAAAGUGAUGGACCAAGUGUUCUUGCUGAUGAUUCACAGCACAUAAAGCAACUGGAGUCUUGCCUCUUCAGUUUAAAAGAAGUUAUAUCCGAUCUAGGCUCCUCUAUCCUGGACAUUGAGGGAAAAUGGGAGGAUAGGUCAGAUGAGGACCACGCUGGAGAGAAAGUCCACAGGCACCAAUUGGUUUCAAGCAGACAGUCCCUUGACUUUUGCAGAAAUGUGGUUUCUUCAGUGCUGUGGGAGAAAGGAAAAGACGCCGUUCCGUUCUCUGAGCUCAUUCUGGUCAACAAUUUCACCACAGUGGGGGGAAACAAGGAAAAAGGCUUCCACAAGAGUUCAGGACAGCCACCAGCCAAAUGCAGUCACUCUGUAGCCCAGGGGAUGCAAAUUUGUGAUGUUUUCACAAGUACACUAUCGGAUCCCACACUAUGGCAGAGUGCUUCCGUGCCUACGGAAAGAAAGAGUGACACCACCGAAGAAGGUGACGGCUCCAUUCACCUGCUCUCUCUCAACCAAUCAUAUGAUGUGGACACACCGUCUGGGAUGUGGGACCUUGAGGUUUCAGGAUCUGACCGGGGCUCCAGCAAUGACUUUGCUCAAGGGAAGCAACUAAACCCAGAGGGGGUGGUCGGGACAGAGGGUAUGUCAUCCAAACAGAUGGUCAUGCACAAGAACAUGGACAGAAGUGCUGCACCCACUGGCAGUGAAGACAUCCCAGAGGGUAAACCUGGCUGCACAGCUAUCUCGCCAUGGAGAGCCAGUCGUGAGGAAGAACUGAGACAAGUCCAUGCUGCGCAGGUCAGAGCCCUGCAAGAAGAGCACAGGAGACAACAGGAAGAGCUGCUCCAGGCAUUGUCAGCGCGUUACCACCUUGUCCUGAGUCCGUCCUUCCUGUGCUCUCAUCUCGAGGACAAGAUGACGUUUUCUCAGCCGUGUCAGCCUCCCAGCGCACACCUAGAGCACUGUCGCCCCCUGCUGUUAGCUGCCAUCAAAGGCUACCUGACGCGCAGGCUGCUCAGGACGGAGCGAGUGGCACAGCUGGUGCGCACCAUCGGGGACAUGCAGCAAUUUCUGCAGGCUUUCCAGCAGCAUGAUCCCAAAGGUGAAGUGUGUAGCAAAGAGGACCGUCUACUGCAGCAGAGAGUCGCUCUGCAGUUGAGGGUGGCACGUUACGAGGUCUACAACAUUUUCUUCUGCCUGUCAGUGACUGAAAGGAUGCAGCUGAUAAGUUUGGACAGGGAGCUGGCAAGGCAGAGAGUGCGCCGACGACAGAUGGGACAUACACACUGUCCCAAAGGAAGGAGCUCUCUCUCUGCUGCAACACAAAAGUCCCUCCAGAGAAAACGAGGCAUGCUGAUCCAGAGGAAGGUGUCAGAGCGUCACAAGACCGGAUUCGCUGGUGUGCAGCUGCUCGAAGCGAAGCCAGGACAGCUGAAAACAAAGCUUCUGAGGAUCUCCCUCAGCUCCAACUCCUGCAGACCCCGAUGACUGACGACUUUCACAUUGACUUGUUUUUCAAAAGUCAUUUUGCUGAUUUAAAUUUUAGAUUUGCUGUGAAUUCCUUGAUAUUCUCCCACCAAUGUCCGUAAGAUAGUGAGUCAAGUCAACGGCCACAACCACUGUCAUGUUUCCCAGCAUUAAAACACGCACAUGUUUUCACACACUGGAACAUGUUCUGGUUCAAAAUAAGCUUCAGAGUAGCUAGUUCGCCAGUUGGAGGGGCUUCUCUGGGGGAUGGAUGCUACACUGCAGAACUAUUGUGGACCUUUAAAGAACGUUACAGUAUUCUGAUGACCUUUCUUUACUCUUGUAUUUGAGUACUGUGCUUUUCCCAAGUGUUGCCUUAAUUAUCUUAGUCUUAGAGUUUUUAUCCAUAGUGAAGUCUUAUUUAUAUUUGUAAGUAUAUUAUAUUUGUUCAAAAAUAAACAUUUUUACAAUUUGAA